GCACGAUUUGUUGUUCAUAAGUUCAUUAAAGCUAAAUCUUUAACAGAAGACGUGAAAACUGAAAAAGUAGAAGUAAUAUUGAAAAAUUGGUCUGAGAAAUUAAAAGAAAUAAAUAACAAAUUAGAUGGUAAAAAGUAAUUUUUGAGAUGGUUAUAAAGAAGUCAAGAAUUAAAGAUCAUUCAAUUGUAUUUUUGGGCUCACAUCCUUCAAAGAAAAAAGGUGGAAUUAAAGAAAUAAUAUCUCAUUUUAUAAUAUCUCCUGGUGAUUUGCUUAAGAGAAUAUUACAUUCAUUUUUACCUCCUUUUCGUUCUUAUUAUGUUCAUAUUGAUUUCAUGGGACCUGUUUUGGCAUUUGUUAUUUUGGCUACUACACUUAGUUAUGGGCAUGCUUACAAAAUUACAUCUGCUGUAUAUCAUCGAUCACCUUCAGAAAUUUUAUUUUUUUAUUGCUCUUUGAUGCCAGUUCUUUGUUAUAUUUUAACUCGACUAGGACAAUCAAAAAUUUCUUUUGUACAAUUGAUAUCAUUACUAGGAUAUGGUUUGUAUGGAUAUGUUUUCACACUAAUUAUUAGUUUUAUAUCAGAUGAGACGAACAAUAUUUUAUUUUUUAUGGCUAUGAUAAUAUUUACUGGAUCUAGUGUUUUAAGAGUAUGUUUAAUAGUACUUGUAACUAUCAAAAUACCAGUGGUUAGACUUCUAGUAUGUAGUAUUAUUGCAAUUGUACAAGUUUUAUUUGUUGUGUUUUUGUACUUUACAUUUGUUCAUUCUAGUUUUAAAUUUGUAAAAAUUAAAAAAUAAAAUUGUAUUAAUUAGUUUUUGUGAAUAGUUAUCAUUAAAAUGUAGUUAUAAUACUUUAAGAGUUAAAUUAUUACAAUAGUGUUAGGAAUUAAUGAUUUUAUUUAUAUAUAAAAUUGAUCACAGUAUAAUAUAGUUUAAUCACUCUACAAAUAUAUUUCAAACUUAAUCAAAUUUGAAAAAAAGUUCAAGUAUGGAUUUUUACACCAUUUACAAUUCACAUUAAGUUAAUAAAAUAUAUAAUAAUAACAGUAGAUAUAUUAACUUAUAUAUUUAAAUAUAACAAAAUAAAAUCAAAUAUUGGUUAAUUGAGCAACGGGACCUGGAAGGUAGUCGGAUAAAUAAUUACCAGCCUAAAGAAUGUUAUAUAUUAUCCAUGACCAUGGCGCAUUAGUGAACUACUCUCUUCCAUCUAUAUUAAACUACUGAUUACAAUAGUGUUUGCAACUAUUAUUUAAUAAAAUAAUAUUUUACUGAAUAAAGCACUUCAAUAGGUUACUCCUUCCAUUUUUACUUUCAUAACUGAAUGUUACGUACUCUGAUCUAAUAGACCAGAGACCCGGUAAAAUAAGAAAAGAAUGAUUUAUUUUUUUAUUGAAAUAGUUAUUAACUAUAUUCUAUACUAGGAACCUAGUAUUUUUUGGUAUGUGAAGUAAAGUGGCAUUAAAUGUAAGCCAAAAUUAAGACGUGGUGAGGUCCAGGAUCCAAAAUUGAAGUAUAAUUUCUACAUCAUAGGUAUCAUUUUAGCUUUAUAGUUUAUAUUAACUAUAGUAAUUAUUUAUUAUAUACCUAUUGUAUGCAAUCAUAGUACAUCAAACUAAAAAUCUAAAAAAAUGACUAAUUUCUGGUUUGAAAAAAGAUCAGUUUUAUUAAUUUUUUUUCAUGUUGAAUGAAUAAUGUUGAUGGCAGAAAAACAUUAAAUUUUAGAUAUUUUAGUGUCAAUAUUUGAGAAAUUGUAUUAUGCAAUAAGUUAUUGGUACAAGAUAUCGUUCAGGGCGAAUUGAGAAGGCUAGGGGCAGAGUUCCCAGUUUACAAUUAAACCCCCAAAAUUUAGCAAAAUUAUGUUAAUUGAUAUAUAAAAAUUAUUUUUUUGAGGGAGAAAAUUAAAUUUAGUUUCCCCAAUAAAAAAUUGACGAUCCUAUGCUUAAAAAAAUGUUUAAAAUGCCUUGAAUCAAUUAAAUUAUAGUAUUUUACAAAAAAAAAAAAAAAA